GACGAUUCCAUGGAGAGAAGAGGAUGGGGGGACGGAAAGGGAGCUGUCCCGCCGCGCAUGCGCCUUCUAGGCCGCCCUGCCCUAUCGGAAGGCGAGAGAGGCAGAGAAGACAAAGGCGGCCGCUCCGCCCCUCCCUCGCUUUUCAGCUCUCCCCGCAUAUAACGCGCCCCGCUUUUCCCGUGACUUGUUUUUAUUGCCCCCCCCCCCGACAAUAAGCCUGCCUCUUUCUUGUUUGGGACACUUCCUCAGGGGCCUUUGACGGGAGCCCGCCAUGGCAGGGGGGCAAGGUGCCCUCCUCCCUGCAGUGGAAGGAAUCGGGGCCCCAGGCAGCCCUGAGGGGGACCAGGCCUCACCCAUGAAACGGCCACCAGCGUCGGGUGAGCCUGCAGGCUCCUCGCACCCGUGCCCGCCCUGCAGCAAGCCUGACGACGAUCUUGCAAGACGGGCCCCCCGUGCCACCGCAUCUUCCCCGCUGCCGCCGUCCAAGAUGGCUUUCCGCCGGGCCUACUCCAUCAAGGACAAGCUACAGGCCAUCGAGCGCGUGAAGAGGGGCGAGCGGCAGGCCUCGGUGUGCCGGGAUUUCGGGGUCCCCGGCGGCACCCUCCGCGGCUGGCUGAAGGACGAAAGCAAACUGCGCUGGUUCCUGGACCAGUUGGGGGGCGACGUGGGCACCCACCGCAAGAAGAUGCGCCUGGCCAACGAGGAGGAGAUUGACCGCGCCGUCUACACGUGGUUCCUUGCCUUGCGCCAUCACGGUGUGCCGCUCUCCGGACCCACCAUCCAGGCCCAGGCCGAAGCCUUUGCACGGCAGAUCUAUGGGCCCGAGUGCACCUUCAAGGCCAGCCACGGGUGGUUCUGGCGGUGGCAGAAGCGGCACGGCAUUUCCAACCAACGCGAGGGGGGCGGCUUAGGGGUGGUGGGCGACACGCCUGCCCUCCGAGCGGAAGCAGAUGCUGUUUCCCCCUGCUCGGCCUUCUCCGACCAUCUCCGCCCGCCCGUGGCUGCUGCGCCACCAGAUGAAGGCGGGUACAGCGAUGACCAAAUCUAUAACGCUAAGAUCACCGGGCUUUAUUGGAAGCUGCUGCCUGGCCAGGCCCGACUGCCACAGCCUUGCUGCCUCCCGCAGCCUCUUCCAUCACGGGCGGUAGACCGGGUCACGGUACUGCUCGCCGCAAAUCUAACUGGCUCCCACAAGCUGAAGCCGCUGGUAGUGGGAGGCCUGCGGGACUUUCCUUGCCUCCAGUGCCACAAGAGGGAGACGCUCUCGGCUUGCUACCGCUACAGCCCCCGGGCCCGGCUGGGUCGCUCCCUGCUGCGGAUUUGGUUCUUUGACGAUUUCGUGCCUAGCGUGAAGCGCUUUUUGCGUCGCAGCUGCCUCCAGCAAAAAGCCGUCAUUCUGCUUAGCUGCCCCUCCAUGCACCCCGAAGAGCCGUCCCAGCUUCAAACUCCGGACGGGUCCAUCCGAGCGCUCUUCCUUUCCAAGGCGGCAGGAGGGUCGCUGGGAGGCGGAGGCCGCAUUUCGGCGCCGCUGGAACAGGGCGUUGUUUCGGCCUUCAAGCAGCUCUACAAGCGGGAGUUGUUGCGUUUGGCCGUGGCGUGCCUAGUGAGAGGAAGAGCCAUGGGGGAGUCUGAAAAAGCUGAUGAAGAGCUGGACUUUGGCCGCUCUUUUCUCCUGGAGGAUAUGCUCUGCCUAGCUGGCCUGUCCUGGGAUCUCAUCCCGGCUGGAUCCAUUGAGAAAUGUUGGCUGCUUGGCCUGCGUGCAGCCUUUGAGCCCCACUCUGGAGGGGAAGAGGAGGAGUCGGGAGAGGCUUCUGCAGGUGUGGACAACCUGGACUUCGCUGACCUCGUACACCUGGCUGCCCUUACCUGCAAGGGCCUGGCUCCAGAAGAAGUGGCCGAUUGGCUCCACUUAGAUGAUGUCAUUCCGGACACAGAGGAAGGGGAAGGCGAGGAGGAGGAAGAAACAGUUGAGACAAGAGAUGGUGGAGGUGGCGGGAGGGAUGGAAUGGGAGAUACUCCGCUGCCCACUGCCCAGGAAGCAAUACAAGGCCUGCAGAAGGCCUUGCGCUGGCUGGAGAGCCAGGAUCCCCAGGAAGUUGGGACGCUGAAGGUGGUCCAGCUCCGGUCCUUCAUCAGCAUGGCGCAAAGGCUGAAGAAGGCAGCUGAGCCCGACUCUUGGCAAGGAGGCUCAGAGCAAAACAGCUAACCAGAUUAUUGCACUCACCUACAUAUCUGGUGGAAGUGUUUACUCUUUAUGCAGCAAUAGGAGAUGGUGCCGUGUGCCCAUAAUCACUGGGAGGUGCAAAUACGGCACAAUCAGGGCAGAACAGGAUAGUUCCUUACCCCCUUCUUAUGAGUAUUGGGGUGAGGCUGUUAAAGGGGCUUGACUCCCCAAGUUCUGGGGGUUGGAAAAAAGCGGCUAUUACAGGAGAGGUGCCUCUGCUCCCUAAACCGUUUGCUCAGGGUGCAAUUCUUGCCUGAUCCUCAUGGUGGAACCAUAUGGACUUCCUUCUUACUUAGAAUUUUUGCAUGGUGGAGGUUUCCUUUCGAGCACACUCUAUGCAGGGCAAAAUUAAAGACUUGUCCUGUCCAGCAAACAGGUUGAAAAAGUUGUCCCAAGGUGGAGACAAUCUCGCUGCAAGUUCAAAGAGAUUCGGGGGGGGGGGGAGAAUGCUCCCUGCAAAAGGGGUGGGGAGUUUGCAGUGGUUUUCCAAUGUCAAACAAAAGAUUGAGGUGUAAGCUGGCCAUGUGGGAACACUCUAAUAGAAUAAGGAAUGCACAGAAGUACAGGAGAGCGCUCUAGAAUUCAAAUGUUACUUAAAAAGCAGUUAUGUAUGAAAGGGGCAGAGCUGUGCAAUGGGAAGAGAGCCUAGGCAGGAAUAUAGUACUCCCUACCUAUUUUAUGCCGUCCACAGCAUCAGAACUGACUAUUUGGUAACUCCCCUCACCCACCUUUUUUGUAAGCUUAUCACACUUGUUGAAAGGGCUGCUUGCUAUUCCCCUCUCCAUAUUUCCUCCUUAGUUUCUUGCUGAAUCUCCUCUUUUUAAAAAUCAACAACUAUGCCUUUCUAAGAAGCACACUGGAUCAGGACUGGUGAGAUCAGGCAUCCCCAAACUGCGGCCCUCCAGAUGUUUUGGCCUACAACUCCCAUGAUCCCCAGCUAAGAGGUCCAAUGGUCAGGGAUGAUGGGAAUUGUAGUCCAAAACAUCCGGAGGGCCGAAGUUUGGGGAUGCCUGGGUGAGAUGCUCAGGAAGCUUUGGGUGACAGAGAGAUGAGGUGGUGCUAACCCUCCAUGGGUUACGAGUUCCUUGGAUGCGUCGGAAAUAAGAGACCCGCCUUGCCUGCCAGCCAAAGAAUCAAUUUAAUGAAGUGCAAUGGUACAGCUACUAGUCUCUCACUUGUGAACAGACUUGAAUUGGACUUCAGAGACUUUAAUUUUCACAUCUUGUGAGUGUUUGGAGCUUUGGGGGGUUAAUGCUGUCCUAUUACAGAAUUUGGGGGGGGGGACAAAAUGAUUCCUGAACAUGCUCAAGAAGCAGACUCUUUUUCCAUCUCAGAGUACAGCAAUUAUUGGGAAAUAGAAGCCUUUUAUUCAAUUUAUUGUUUUCCAAUUCUGUGAUAGAGAUCAGCAGGUGGGAUCCAGUUAUUUUAAUGUAAUGGAUUUAUGCCCUUCCUUUUGCUCCCUGGCCCCAGUAAGACAGUGGCUGUUGGGUUCCAAAAGCAGUUGAGUAGAUCCUGAGUAAUAACAAAAGAGAAACACAUGAGGCUUGUCCUGCAAGACUCUGAGCACGUGGGAAGUGCAUGCAAAGUGCCUGCCUCUCUCCCUGUGUCAGGUCGUUUUAUUAACAAAAGAAUUUCAGCGCAGCAUCUUGUAAGAACCAAUCAAAUUCUCUCUGGACAUUUCAAAAUGCCACGUGGGGCAGAGUGAGGUAAUAAUAAACUUUUUAAAAACUACAAAGACUACUUUGAAGCAUGCAUAUUAAAACAGAUAAACAGAGGGUAAGGAAGGAAUGCACUUCGGAAAUCCCAAGGGCAAUAAACUCAGGAAAGAAAUUAGCUACAGAGUAACAGAGCUACAUCCAAGCUAUCUUAUAUAAGAUGCUUUGAAAGGAUGCCUGGCAAGUAAGCAAAUGGUUUGUGUGAAUACGUGACUGCCAGGCCUAGGGAAAAUUGGAAGAGAUGCAGCGCCUUGCUGGAUUAGAUCAGAAAAUAUGCUUAUGAGUCAAGCCCAGUCAAAUGAUGCUUUCAUCAUGACACAAUAGCCUGCUCCAUUCGUCAUAAUUUUUCAUAGCAUAGAAUCAUAGAAUCAUAG